AUGAUAUUCCGUGUUAUGUGGAGACGCCGGUUUAUUGUGGCUUUUGUUGGUGUGCCUAUUGUUUCAUUUGGAGGAUAUAGUGUUUAUAAUCACUUUCGACGAGUCGAACGGGUUCCUUUGACUAUUUUUGCACCAAAAAUAGAUGCUAAUGGAUCUUUAGUACUGGAAGAUAAAGUAGUAACAAAACCUGGUACUCUUUCAAUUGCGGGUCGCCUGGUAGAACUUUUUAUAAUUUUUUUCCCACUUGCCGUACUUUAUAUAUUUAUGCGAUUACGCCGAGAUUGGUAUUUUCGUUGGCUAGAACUUCUUUUACGUGCUGUUCAACGUGCUGGUCCUGCCUUUGUGAAGGCUGGUCAGUGGAGUUGCACACGACACGAUAUCUUCUCUCCAGAGUUCCGUUCCGUAUUUAAACGACUAUAUAAUGAAGUGGAUAUACACCCAUACGCUGUAUCUAUGCAAGUACUGCGGGAAGAACUGCAACAAGACCCAUUGGAAGUAUUUUCAAGUGUGAAAGAAACACCCGUUGGUUCUGGUUCUAUUGGACAAGUACAUCUUGCCACCAUGCGUCAUAGUGGUGAAACUGUUGUUGUGAAGAUAAUGCAUCCUGAUAUUGUAGAAACCAUUGUGAAGGAUUUUACGAUUGUUUUAACGGCCGCACGACUGGCCGAUGCUUGUUUUCCAUCACUGGAGAUGUAUGAACUACCGACGUUGGCGCAUGCAUGGGUGGGUCAUCUCGCUGCCCAAUUGGAUUUCCGUUUAGAGGCGAAACAUCUCUCUAUUUUCCGUGAGAAUUUUAAACAUGAACCAUUUGUAGAUUUUCCAAAACCUCUAUUUUCUACGCAACGAGUACUUGUGGAAACCUUUUGUAAAGGAGAACCGGCUUGUCCAGAGUUCCUCAGUGCACAAGAAGAGCAUGUACGAGAUAUUCUCGCACAUAAAGGAUUAAAUACAUGGUGUAAGAUGCUUCUUCAUGAUCAUUUUGUUCAUGGUGAUAUGCAUCCUGGUAAUAUUCUCAUUGAUGUCUCUGAUCCACAUGAUCCACGUGUUUCUCUUAUAGACGUUGGUUUAUGUCAACGGAUUACACCAGAAGAGGUUAGUAUUACACAUGAUCUGAUGGAAUCUUUUGUAAGGUGGAAGUAUGAUUUAUGUGCACAAUCUCUUCUUAGUAUGGGUAAUAAGCAAAAGUUUGUAAAUAAGGAGAAAUUUAUACAAGAAGUAGAAUGGCUAUUUGAACAUUGGAGACCUAAAAAGGCUUCUGAUUUUGCUGUAACCAAUAUUUUACAAUCUUUAUUUGAAUGUAUUCGUGAAAAUCAUGUUCAGAUGGAACCACCAUAUGUUUCACUUCUCUUUUCAGUCCUUGUAUUGGAGUCAUUUAUUAUGAAUCUUAAUCCUGAAUUCAAUAUGGUGCGCCACGCCGCUCCUUGGCUAGUAACUGAAGGACAUUUCUCCUACGCUCUGACGAAGAAUAUUAUUUUAACCCAGUUGGAUGUUAUGAAACAGAAAUUGAGUGUUCUCCGUGGUCGUGUUAGAGACGGUGUAUAUGAAGAAUUGGCACUAAAGAAGAAUGUACGUGUAAGCGUAAGCGAGUGGUAA